UGAUCACGGCACACGUUGCUGACGGCUGCUCUCCUUGGUGUCUUGUUGCAUGCUACAGUAUUAACUGUAUAAUCAGUUUAUUGUUGUUGUAAUUAUUAGUAAAUCUAUAAUAAAGUUACCAUGAAACUGUGUCUUGUCCUGCUAGCGUUGGCCAUGGUUUUAUUGCGCGAGACACCACGAUGCUCGGCAGCCGUUGCCGCAUCCGGUAAAGCGGCCACAUCAUCCAGCGAUGAGGAAGUGGAGGACGACGACACCGAACAGUCAGCAGCGCCGGCGCCCGCCCCAGCCCCGGCCCCCUCCGCCGGCAAGAAGCCCAGCGCGGACGGCGGCGACGACGAUGACAGCGGCGGCUAUGGACCGGUAAAGAAGACCCCGGCGCCCACCACGACCACCACUACAACGACAACCACCACGACGACGACCACCACCAAGAAGCCCUCCACGCCCAAGAAGCAGCGCCCGCCCGGCUACGAUCUCAUCAACACCGAGGUCACCGAAAGCACCUUUAAGCUGACGCGGCCGCCGGCUAAACGCGGCCGGACCGUCUUUGACAGGAGAUAAAGGCCACACUGGUGCAUUAGUAUUACUGUAUCGUACCGUGCUAUCAUUUGCCGUUAGACAGUUUUACAUGGCAUAAGAACUUUGACCGUCGUAAAGAAUUGGAAUUCGCCUUCAGUGUAAUAAAGAACCGGAAGGAAAGGAAAAAUGAAUUGAAUAACUUAAAAAACUUGAGAUUCGUCGUUUUAUUUAAUCCACAUUUCUAAUCACUUUCGUAAAACUCACGGUGUUCGUUAUUUACCCAUACUUUUUGCACAUUUAGUGCUUCUGGAUAUUUUCGUAAAAUUGUAAGUGUCCAUUUCACUGGCUUA